AUGUGCGACGCUAAGGCUCUUCGAGUGCUAUUCAAGUCGCCUGUCACCGAUGACAUGAUUCGCUUUUUGACAAACACCACACUGCGUGUCAUUCCCUGCGCGAAGGAAACCAAAAGCGCUUACCCUUCACCACCAGCUAGUCCCUCUAGGAGCAGCAAGAGGCCUCUGCCCUCACUUAUGACCUUCAUUACGCGGCUGGUCCGCUACACCAACGUCUACACUUCGACACUACUUACGGCCACAUGCUAUCUACACAAGCUGCAGAAGAUUCUGCCAAAAGAUGCACACGGGCUGCCCUCGACAAGCCACCGCAUUUUUCUGGCGUGCUUGAUACUGAGUGCCAAAUUCCACAACGAUUCGUCACCUCAGAAUAGACACUGGGCCGAGUACACCGACGGCGUUUUCUGUCUCGAGGAUGUGAACCUGAUGGAGCGCCAGCUCCUGCAGCUUUUGAACUGGGACCUUAGGAUCGAGGAAGAGGCGCUUUAUGACUCUCUAGAGCCACUCUUGGAGCCCAUCAAACAUGACCUCGAGAGAUCUCGCAAAAUCAUGGCUCGCAACCAGUACCACCAGCGCAACAUCAGUGUUUCCUCUAGCACCAGCACGCUUGUCGGGACCCCAAGCAUACAAUCACUCAAGUCGCUGCCGUACUUGCCUAAGCUUCCGUCGUUGUCCAGACUUUCCUCGUGGUCGUCGACGUCAACGCCAAAAACGCUUUCGAACAAGUUGACGCAAAUGGACGCAUCGCACGUCUACUCACAUAAUGACUACAGCACUGCUACACUGGUCUAA